UUCAACAUUUUCAAUUCCAAAAUUGGUUUGACAGUUCCUUAUCCCAGCAGCGGUGUCAACGCGUCUACCUAAAUUCUUUUACCAUGCUAGAUGCAUUGCCUAUUGAUUUCUUCUGUGUAAGCCCAGUUAACCUCAACAGCUGAUAUCCAAAGAUAUCAAUGAACUUGAGUACCAAUUUCACACAGUAAUAAGAAGAAGCGUUUGUUUAGUGUUUUUUUGCAUAAUCCCCUCUCACAUUUGUUCGUUUAUGUGUAGCCGCUGUAUGUAAAAAGUUUUAUUAAUUUUCUGUUUUAUAAUGAUAAAGUAAAUAAUAUUUAUAGUUACAGCAUACAAAUGAAAUAAAUUAGUUAAAUAAAGACUUGUCGGUUUGCCAAUAUAAUUUUUGUCCACAUAGUACGUCACCAUAAAGAUCUUUCAUAAUCAAAUUCUGUGAUCGGAUAAAACGUUCCAAUAGCCGUUCCUACCCAGAAAAUAUAAUUGCAAUAAAUUAAAGACAUCUUUUUUAAAUUUUUUUAAGCAAAAUAUAUUUUUUAUAAGAAUUUGUUCGCAUGCAAAAAAUUUUUAUAAAGAAAUCGAGAAGAACUCUUCGAAAGUCGUCUUAUCCAAAGUGAUGCUGGGAUGCUGUUGAGAAAUGUGUCAUGUUUUGGCGCCAAAAGCUACCAGGUGCAGCGUUGUCUUAAUGUUCGAACUAUAAGCACGGAAUUAGCAGCAGCACUACGGCCGUUCUAUUUUGCUGUGCAUCCUGAUUUAUUUGGUCAACAUCCGGAGCAACGAACUGUCAAUGAGGAAUCGCUGAAGCAACUAAGUGCCCAUAUGCAAAUGAUACAUGAGCGCAAAUAUUCGGUGUUCCGUGAGGCAAAAGUAUUGAAAUUCUACAUACGUGAAGAUAAUGGCGAGGAUAGAAACAAGUUUAAGUUGAUACAACUCACAUUGGAUAAUAAGACCAGAGAUCCUAAGACUAUAAUAACCAAACUAUUGGAACUAUGUAACCUGCCAACAGAAUAUGUAAAAAGUUUAAAAUCUACCCCAGUUCCCGAAGGGAAAAAUAUGGCCAGGGAUUUCGGAGACAAAGGAUCUGGUUUUAGAUCGAGCCAGGAUUAUAACUACGGUUCACAAUUUGCGGGCUUUGAAAGUGCCUACUAUAGGGCUAAGGAGGAAUCCAAGAAAUCGGUCGACGAAUGGAUUGCUGAGAACUCAAGUCUUGCAAAAAAACGAGCCAAAGACUUACAACCCCUUAAACGUGAUGUUGAAGUUUUGCAAAAGACUGUAAUCGAAAAUUUAGGUCUUAAAGAUGCUCGCUACGAUUGUGGCUGGAAUUUUGAACACUAUCGGGGAUGCUUGAAGACAUUAGAACGUUUGGCAUCGCUGCACAAAGACCAUGUAAAACAUUUGCGUGGACGUGUUGUAGUAUUUGCUCCCUUUACUGGUAUUAGCUUAGAGGGCCAUGUCAUGCUGUUUACUGGCGAUGUUCUUAACAAUUGGAUUGAGUUCAUACGCAACAUUCCCAAGCAUGAUGCUUUCCUCAAGAAAAUACCGCUAUAUGAAAAUACUCUUUCCCAGGUAUUAAGAAAGAUUCGGAUUGGCCGACGUAAAUUUAUGCCAAAACAACAAGCUGUUGAAUAUGCCAACCACCUGAAUAAAGUUACCACUACAUUGGGCGAUUAUUUAACGCUUAAUAAAUUCCCGAAAUCAUGGCCGGACACGUUGUCUGAAUACGAGAUUGUCAUUGAGUCUGAGGCGGGACCUUUAAUGGUCAGUCCCACUGGGCAAUUGAUAACACCUGCAACAUGCCCUGGCUUUAUGCUAGUUGAUUUUAUAACCACUAACUUGCCCAUAGCGAAAGAACGCAUGGCAAAAUAUCAAGAGGAGAAACAUGUGGAACGUGAACUGACAAAAAGGUGCAUUGAAGAAAUGAGACUAAAAUCUCUGACCAAAGACGAUUCGGUUACGCCGGAAAAAAUGAUUAAUACACUGAAUGAGCUGCUAAAAUGCAACAAAAUGCAAUUUGCUGACAUCGAUCUGCACAUAACAAAUUAUUAUUCGGUUUUAACAGAUGGUAUUGUCUGUAUUCCAUGGGAUUUCAAUACUAGACGGUAGUAUUUAAUCGAAAAGACAACAGAUAAUCUUAUAUUUGGCUAUAAAUGGUUUUGUUAAUAUCAUCGCAGACUGUGCAAUAAAAAUUGUUUUUCUGUUUUUAAUUUGUUAUACGUGCCUUCCAUAUGUUCAAAGUAAAUAUAAAGUAAUU